UAUUCAUCAGUCAGUUUUGCAAGUGGUGUUUAACAGUUUAGAAAUAUUACAUUUUCUGUUUUGUGUUUGGCUGAUUAGAUUUUCCAUUCAAAAGCAGUGGUGCAGUCGUACCUAAUGAAGUGGCCUUAGCAUUGAUGAGGUACAAAUGGUGUGCCGUGUAUAUUUACAUGGUGAAAUAAUUUCGGUCUCUUUUUACAGGUGGACAGCAUUAUUGAAAUCUUCCAGACAAACAAAGACAAACCGCCUUUCACUAAAGAUGAGCCCCCGGUGGCCGGAUCAAUCCGCUGGGUCCGAUCUCUUCUCUACCGCAUUAAAUGCACCAUUCUUCCAUUCCUGGAAGUGCCAGAGAUGCAGGAGAGUGAAAAAUGCAAAGUGGCCAAGGACAAGUAUACACAAGUGGCACUGCAGUUCAGAGACUAUGAAACACAGAAGUAUGAGGACUGGCUGACUGAGACUGAGAACACGCUGCCUUUGUUGAUGAAAAAAAACCUACUGGUCACGGUUAAGCCUGAAAACCAGACUGUUAUUAAGAACUCCUCAGCAUCUGAUAACAAGCUACAGCAGAGGAAGCGGUUUCUCGUCAACUUUGCUCCCGAAAUCACAGAAAUUAUUUUGGAGACCAACAGCCUGGGAUCACUAGGCUACCCUGUUCCAGAUGUGGCACAAAAUGUUGCUCUACAAAAGCACAGAUUUGUCAAGUAUGUUGAAGACCUGACCAACCUUGUAAACAGCUACAACUCUGCAAUGGACAGCCUCACUGAACCAAAGGUCAUUAUGUUGGCUCAACAGAUCAGAACUGUCAAAGAAGUGAUGCAUUCUGGGUGCAAAAGAAUCAACUGGUAUUCCCUGGGUAUUUCCAAUUUCAUCAAACAAGGACUCCAGGUCGUGUCUAAAUUUAAGUUGGUCAUUAAUCAGAUUCAGAAGAAUGAAAGUGAAAUUGAUGCCAAGCUCCAGUCCAUGGUGAUGGCUAACUUGCUAAAAGUUCCUGUUCUAGAUAAAUCAAAUGAACUGCCGGGUCUAAAGGAGUUCUGUGAACGAAUCGAACGAGAGAGGGCAAAAACUGUCCACGUGCUAAAGAGGAAGUACACUGACAUUCGAGCACUCAUUACUAAAACAGAACAUCUAAUCAUGGAGACUAGCAGUGGCAAAGCAAAAAGUAUGGUGGAUUAUUACAGCCACUGGGAACGAAAGGUGAUGGACUCCCUUGUAAAGAUGAUACUGAGGAACCUCCAGGCCUUCAACAAUGCACUAAUGGGAAGUGCCGUGUUAUUCCAAGUGGAUGCCAUCCUGUCUGCUCCUAAGAUUGUGCUACAGCCCCAGAGUAAAGAGAUCUACUGGCUGCUCAUGCAGUGUGUCAGAGACUGUGUGGAGAGCACCAAGCAAUUUGUACGAUGGAUGCGUGGAACCUGCAUUGAAUGCCCUCCACAGCGAGUGGGCACAGAGGAGGAAAUGGUAACAUUCAGCUUCUACACCGACAUGUGCCAGCAUCCUCAGAUCAAUGAAAGCGCCAUGACUGUGUCUCAGAACAUCCAACGACUUUUCUUCUCUGUGGAGCGCUACCUGAGUCACUGGAAACGCUAUCGGCCCCUGUGGGAGAAGAACAAACUGAUAAGCAAUGAAAAGUUCGCAGAGAGAAAACCCUCCUGUGUCAUGUACGACGAUAAACUGCAGUUUCUUUCUCGGAUCAAUCAGGAGGUUUUGUCUGAGCCCCUGUUCAAGACCUUUCACAUUGUCCACCUAAACCUGGAGCCUCUGCUCCACACUGUACACAAGACUGUGGAGUCCUACAUCAUCUCCCUGGGUUCACUGCUCAAGAAAUCUGCCAAAGAGGAGCUCUACAGCCUAAAGGAUGAACUCAUGCACCUCUCGGCAAAGCUGAAACAAAGCCCUGCCACAUUUGAUGAUCUGAAGUCCAUUCUUGGCACGAUCGCAGACAUCAGAGACAUGUCUCUGCAGGUGGAGAUGAGAUACAUCGAUAUAAAGGAGAGAUACAGGACACUGGCCAUGUACGAGAUGGAGGUCGGAGAGGAUGAACUGGAGCUGAAUAAAAAUAUUGACCAGAUGUGGAAAGACCUGUUUGAAGAAUCCAGACGAGUCGAUGAAAGUUUGACAGAUGUCAAGAAAUCCUUCACUGAGACUACAAAGGAGAAAAUUGAAGAGUUUAUGCAGGACGUGUGUAUUUUUGCUGAAAGCUUCCAUAUGCGUGGACCUGGAGCGGUGGGAGAUGAUUUGGAGAAAGGAAUGUCUAUUUUGGGCAAAUAUGAAGCAGAUCUUGCCAAGAUGGUGGCAAAAUGGCAGGAGUUAUCCAAUGCUGAAAAACUGUUGGACCUGCAUGUUACUGUGUACCCAGAAGUUAUCAACGUGCAGAAGGAUAUGAAGAACCUGAGAGUCAUUUAUGACUUGUACACAUCUCAAAAGGAUGCAAAGACCAAAUGGUCUGAGACCCUGUGGGGGGAUUUAAACAUCCAGCUGCUGCAAGAAGGAGCUGAGGGCUUCAUCAAAAGCUUCAGGCAGUUGCCCAAAGAUGUCCGGGCGAUGUCAGUGGCAUUUUUCCUGGAGGGACGCAUGAAAGAGUUCAGGGACACUCUGCCUCUCCUGCUGGACCUGAAGAAUGAGGCCCUGAGAGAACGACACUGGAAGGAACUGAUGCAAAGAACCGGAACGUCCUUCGACAUGAACCUUGACAGUUUCACUCUGGAGAACAUGUUUGCCAUGGAGUUGAAUAAAUAUGCAAAUGUAAUAGGAGAGAUUGUCACCUCUGCUGUUAAGGAGCUCAGCAUUGAGAAGGGAGUGAAGGAGGUGGUGGAGACCUGGGAGAACGCCAAGUUCACUGUUCAGCCAUAUUUCAAGGGGUCUCAGGAACGUGGAUCCAUUCUGGGAGUAGUAGACGAGAUUCUCCUGAAUUUGGAAAAUGAUACCAUGAACUUGCAGAGCAUGGCAGGAAGUUGUUUCAUCGGUCACUUUCUUGAUGUCAUCCAACAACUGGAAAAAGAACUUUCCCUCAUUAGUGAAACCAUAGAGGUGUGGUUGCUAGUGCAGCGUAAAUGGAUGUACCUAGAGAGCAUAUUUAUUGGUGGAGACAUUCGCUCACAGUUACCAGAAGAAGCCCAGACAUUUGAUACCAUUGACAAAAAGUUUAAAGAAGUAAUGGCUGACACCGUGAGGAACCCCUACAUUAAACGAUGCUGCCUGGCUCCUAACCGACUAACAGAGCUGCAGGUCCUGAGUGAGGGUCUGGAGAGGUGUCAGAAGAGUCUGAGUGACUACUUGGAUUCCAAACGGAAUGGAUUUCCUCGCUUCUUCUUUAUCUCCGACGACGAACUUCUCAGCAUCCUGGGCAGUAUUGACCCUCUCUGUGUCCAAGAGCACAUGAUCAAGAUGUACGACAACGUUGCAUCUUUGAGGUUUGAUGUGGAAAGCAACAGGGAUACAGUAGCUAAGGCCAUGGUUUCUGCUGAGGGUGAGGUGAUAGAGUUCAGGAAACCAGUGACAGUGGAAGGCAGAGUGGAGGAGUGGAUGACUGGAGUCUUACAGGAGAUGAAGAGGACCAAUAGACUCAUCACCAAGGAGGCCAUCUUUCGUUACUGUGAAGACCAGAGCAGGGUGGACUGGAUGUUGCAGUUCCAGGGCAUGAUGGUGUUGGCGGCAAACCAAGUGUGGUGGACGUGGGAGGUGGAGGACAUCUUUAAUAAGGUGAAGACAGGGGAGAAACAUGCAUUGAAGGACUACGCUCAGAAAAUGCACCAGCAGAUUGAUGAUCUGGUCAAACGUAUCACACAACCAAUGAAGAAGAACGACAGACGGAAGCUGAACACUGUGCUCAUCCUUGACGUUCAUGCUAGAGACAUUGUCGAUGGUUUUGUUCUUAACAGUAUUAACGACGCACGUGAGUUUGAGUGGGAAAGCCAACUCCGAUUCUACUGGUUCCAGGAACAGGACGACCUGUUUGUGUGUCAGUGCAGCGCUUCAUUCACGUAUGGUUAUGAAUACAUGGGAUUGAACGGUCGACUGGUUAUAACACCACUGACUGACAGGAUUUACUUAACUCUCACCCAGGCUCUGUCCAUGUACCUGGGUGGAGCUCCAGCAGGACCAGCUGGCACAGGCAAGACAGAGACCACCAAAGACCUGGCCAAGGCUUUAGGUCUGCUCUGUGUAGUAACAAACUGUGGUGAAGGCAUGGACUACAUGGCUGUGGGUAAGAUCUUCUCCGGCCUUGCCCAGUGUGGAGCCUGGGGCUGUUUUGAUGAGUUUAAUCGUAUUGAUGCCUCAGUGUUGUCAGUGAUCUCCUCCCAAAUCCAGACCAUACGCAAUGCUCUCAUACUGCACCUAAAAAGGUUUCAUUUUGAGGGACAGGAGAUCAGCUUGGACAACCGUAUGGGGAUCUUCAUCACCAUGAACCCAGGGUAUGCAGGUCGCACAGAGCUGCCAGAGUCAGUGAAGGCCCUCUUCAGGCCAGUGGUGGUCAUUGUACCAGACCUGCAGCAGAUCUGUGAGAUCAUGCUCUUCUCUGAGGGCUUCCUGAUGGCUAAGGUGCUGGCGAAGAAGAUGACAGUGUUGUAUAAACUGGCUCAUGAGCAGCUCUCCAAACAGUCCCAUUAUGACUUUGGCCUGCGAGCCCUGAAGUCUGUGCUGGUGAUGGCAGGAGAGCUGAAGAGCGGAUCACCAGAGCUGAGUGAGGAUGUGGUGCUAAUGCGUGCCCUCAGGGACAUGAACCUUCCAAAGUUUGUAUUUGAGGACGUGCCUCUGUUCCUGGGACUGAUCUCAGAUCUGUUCCCUCAGCUGAGUUGUCCUCGUGUUCGAUAUCCCAACUUUAACGACACUGUGGAGCAGAUAUUACAAGAAAACAAAUAUAUUGUCCUUCCUGACCAGGUGGACAAGGUGGUGCAGCUGUACGAGACAAUGAUGACCAGACACACGACCAUGGUCGUAGGACCCACCGGUGGAGGGAAAUCAGUUGUUAUUAGAACCUUAUGUCAAGCUCAGACCAGAAUGGGCCUUCAUACCAAGAUUUACCCUCUGAACCCAAAAGCCAUGAGUGUCAUUGAACUCUAUGGUGUCCUGGACCCCGAUACUAGAGACUGGACCGAUGGGAUUUUCUCCAAUAUCUUUCGUGACAUCAACAAGCCUACUGAUAAGGAAGAGAGGAGGUACAUCCUGUUUGAUGGUGACGUAGACGCUCUUUGGGUGGAGAACAUGAAUUCAGUCAUGGAUGACAACAAACUCCUCACGCUGGCCAACGGAGAACGGAUCCGUUUACAGAAUCACUGCGCUCUGCUGUUUGAGGUCGGAGAUCUGCAGUUUGCUUCCCCGGCCACCGUUUCCCGCUGUGGGAUGGUUUUUGUUGACCCGAAGAACCUGAGAUACGCUCCUUACUUGCAGAAAUGGCUGAGCAGCAGAUCUAAAAAGGAAGGAGAAGUUCUCAACAAACUGUUUGAAAAAUACGUGCCCAGCUGUAUCGACCUGAUUGUGGACGGCAUUGUUGACGGUAAACAGGGACAGAAGCUGAAGGCUGUGGUCCCACGGACAGAUCUGAACAUGGUGUCUCAGCUUUGCCUGAUAUUGGAUGCUCUCCUGGAGCCUGACAGCAGCAGAGCUGAAGUCCUGGAGUCUCACUUCCUGGAAGCUGUGUACUGCUCACUCGGAGCUUCCUUACUGGGAAAUGACAGGAUCACGUUUGAUGAACAUGUUAAAAGACUUUCCUGUUUGACUGUAGUGUAUGAAGAGAAACUCCUGGCUGGUCCUGGAGAGAUUCCAGGAAACCUACCAACUCUAUAUGAUUUCCACUUUGAUGGUACAGAAGAGAAGUGGGUUCCCUGGAGUUCCUUGGUCACAAAAUACAUUCACGACCCUGAAAAGAAGUUUUCCGAUAUUCUUGUGCCAACUAUCGACACUACACGAGCCAGUUGGAUCCUGGAGCAGAUGGUGAAGAUCAAGCAGCCUGUGCUUCUUGUCGGAGAAUCUGGCACUUCCAAGACGGCCACCAUUCAUAACUUCCUUAAAAACCUCAACACAGAUAAAACAAUCACUCUGAUCAUGAACUUCUCCUCCCGAACCGCAUCACUGGACGUGCAGAGGAACCUGGAGGCCAAUGUGGAGAAAAGGACCAAAGAGAUCUAUGGACCUACCAUGGGAAAAAGACUGUUGAUCUUUAUGGAUGACAUGAAUAUGCCAAAGGUGGAUAACUACAACACACAGCAGCCUAUCGCACUCCUAAAGCUCCUUCUGGACCGAGGAGGAAUUUAUGCCAGAGGAAAAGAGCUCAACUACAAAGUUCUGAAAGACCUUGGCUUCAUUGCUGCCAUGGGAAAGGCAGGAGGUGGGAGGAACGAGGUGGACCCUCGAUUCAUCUCGCUCUUCAGUGUCUUCAGCAUGCCCUUCCCUUCAGUGGAGUCACUGCACCUAAUCUAUGCCUCCAUUAUCAAAGGCCACACUAGUUCUUUUGAGGAUGCCAUCCAGAAGGUUUGUGACAAACUCACUUCCUGCACACUGGAGCUCUACAAUAACAUCAUCAAAGACCUACCACCGACUCCUUCGAAGUUCCACUACAUUUUUAACCUGAGGGACUUAUCGAGAGUCUACAAUGGACUCACCCUCACCAAAGCAGACCGGUUUUUAACUGUGACUCAGUUUGUACGAGUUUGGAGAAAUGAAUGUUUGAGAAUCUUCCAUGACAGACUGAUCGAUGAGACGGACAAAGCCUUGGUUCAAGAUCACAUCAAGAACCUGGUUGUGAACUAUUUUAGGUCAGACAUGGAUUCAGUUCUCAGGGACCCCAUUCUUUUUGGAGAUUACAGGAACGCCCUCAGUGAGAUUGAACCCAGGGUCUAUGAGGACAUGCAGGACUAUGAGGCUUCAAAAGCUCUUUUCCAGGAAAUUCUUGAAGAAUACAACGAGACAAAGACACAGAUGAACUUAGUGCUGUUUGAUGAUGCUCUGGAACAUCUGACCCGGGUUCACCGCAUCAUCCGUGUAGAUCGUGGCCAUGCACUGCUGGUUGGUGUUGGAGGCUCUGGCAAGCAGUCGCUCACAAGGCUGGCUGCCUUCACUGCUGGAUAUGAGAUGUUUGAGAUCACACUUAGUCGAGGAUAUAAUGAGUCAAACCUACGUGAAGACCUGAGAACUCUGUACUUCAAGCUGGGUAUUGAGAAUAAGAAGAUUGUGUUCCUCUUUACUGAUGGCCAUGUUGCUGAGGAAGGCUUCUUGGAACUCAUUAACAACAUGCUCACUUCAGGUAUCGUUCCUGCCCUGUUCCCUGAUGAUGAGAAGGAAUCCAUCGUUAACCAGCUUCGUGAAGAAGCUUCAAAGAAUGGAGCUGGUCCUUCUAAAGACAGUGUGUGGCAACACUAUGUUAACAAAAGUGCCAACAAUCUGCACAUUGUUUUAGGCAUGUCUCCAGUGGGAGAGACUCUGAGGACACGCUGCAGGAACUUCCCAGGACUGAUGAACAACACAGUGAUAGACUGGUUCCUUUCUUGGCCUCCACAGGCUUUAUUUGCAGUGGCCCAGUCUUUCCUGGGUGAAAGUCCCAUGAUUCCUGAGGCCCACUCUGCAGAUGUGAUAGCUCAUGUAUGCAUGGUCCACAUCUCUGUGGGUGACUACAGCAAACUGUUCCAACAAAAACUCAGACGCAGUAACUAUGUCACUCCAAAGAACUACUUGGAUUUCAUCAGUACGUACUCUAAACUCUUGAAGGAGAAGGACCAGCACAUCCUGGCUCAGUGCAAGCAUUUAGAGGGAGGUUUGGACAAACUGAAGGAGGCCAGUGAGCAGUUGUCUGAGCUGAAUGUGAAGUUGGCAGAACAGAAGGUGGUUCUUGCUGAAAAGUCUGCAGCCUGUGAAGCUCUGCUGGACGAGAUAGCUGCCAACACUACCGUGGCCGAGGAGAAGAAGACACUGGCAGAAGACAAGGCUACGGAGAUUGAGGAGCAAAAUAAAGUGAUUGCUGUGGAGAAAUGUGAAGCAGAAAGUUCCCUGGCUGAGGCUCUGCCUGCAUUAGAGGCUGCUCGCAACGCUCUACAAGACCUAGAAAAAUCAGAUGUCACUGAGAUCAGGUCCUUUGCCAAACCUCCGAAACAAGUGCAGGUGGUUUGUGAGUGUAUCCUGGUGCUGCGUGGACACAGGGAGAUCAGCUGGCAGUCUGCCAAAGGUAUGAUGUCAGAGGCGAACUUCCUGCGCUCACUGAUGGAGAUGGACUGUGAUGGCAUAAGUAACAACCAGGUCAGAACUGUCAAAGGUUUCCUGAAGAGCCUCCAGACGAGCCUGGAAGAGAUGCAGGCCAUCAGUAAGGCUGGAUCAGGAAUGCUCAAGUUUGUUGAGGCUAUUAUUGGUUACUGUGAUGUUGCCAAGGAGAUAAAACCCAAAAGGGACAAGGUGGCACGAUUGGAGAAAAACUUCUUUCAGAGUAAGAAGGAGCUGGAGCUCAUCCAGGGAGAACUUAGUGACAUCCAGAAGGAACUGCAGGCCCUGGGGGAGAAAUACCAGGAUGCCAUCACAGAGAAACAGCAGCUUCAGGAGGAGGCAGAGAUCAUGGAGAGGAGACUGAUCGCUGCAGACAAACUUAUUUCAGGCCUGAGCUCUGAGAACGAACGGUGGACGCAAGAUUUGGAGGAGUUGAAGCAGAAGCGCAUGCGUCUCCUUGGCGACUGUCUGAUCUCUGCUGCGUUCUUGAGCUAUGAAGGAGCUUUCAGCUGGGAAUUCAGGAAGGAUAUGGUCUACCAAGUAUGGAUCAAGGAUGUGCAAGAGAAAGACAUCCCCUUGAGUCAGCCGUUCAAAGUUGAAACCCUUCUGACAGAUGAAGUAGAAAUCAGCAGAUGGGGGUCAGAGGGUUUGCCUCCAGAUGAGCUGUCCGUCCAGAAUGGAAUCCUCACCACCAGGGGGAGCCGGUUCCCUCUGUGUAUUGAUCCCCAGCAGCAAGCUCUCAACUGGAUAAAGAAGAAAGAAGAAAACAACAACCUGAAGAUUUCAUCCUUCAAUGAUCCAGACUUCCUGAAGCAGCUGGAGAUGGCCAUCAAAUACGGUUUUCCAUUCCUAUUCCAAGAUGUGGAGGAGUACAUUGACCCUGUGAUCGACAAUGUUCUGGAGAAAAACGUUAAAGGAGAAGAAGGUCGACAGGUCAUCACGCUGGGUGACAGGGAGGUGGACUACGAUCCUAACUUCAAACUGUAUCUCAACACCAAGCUGGCCAAUCCUCGAUAUUCUCCAUCAGUGUUUGGAAAAACCAUGGUCAUCAACUAUACCGUGACUCUAAAGGGUCUGGAGGACCAGCUGCUGAGUGUCAUUAUGGGCUUCGAGAAAAAAGAGCUGGAGGAACUGCGUGAGCGUUUGAUCCAAGAGACUAGCAACAACAAGAAACUGCUGAAGAACCUCAGGGACUCGCUGCUCAGAGAACUGGCCACGUCUACAGGCAACAUCCUGGACAACACAGAGCUGGUUCACACCCUGGAGGAAACCAAGUCCAAAGCCAGUGAGGUCUUUGAGAAGCUUCGCUUGGCCGAGGAGACAGCUACAGACAUCGACAAACUCAGAGAUGGUUAUCGACCUGCGGCCAUGCGUGGAGCCAUUCUGUUCUUUGUUCUGACAGAAAUGUCUCUGGUGAACAGCAUGUACCAGUAUUCUCUUGCCUCCUACCUGGAGGUCUUUGACUUUUCAUUGCGCAAAUCUCUGCCCGACACUGUUCUUUCGCAAAGACUCAAAAACAUCAUCAACACGCUGACAUACAACGUUUAUAACUAUGGCUGCACAGGUUUGUUUGAGAGACACAAGCUGCUCUUUUCUUUUAACAUGACCAUAAAGAUUGAGCAGGCAGAAGGACGAGUGUAUCAGGAAGAGCUAGACUUCUUCAUUAAAGGUAAUCUAUCCCUGGAAAAGAGCAAGCGCACAAAACCAUGUGACUGGCUUCCAGAUCAGGGCUGGGAAGACAUAGUGAAACUGGCAGAGCACUUUCCUGAGAAGUGUGGCUUCCUGCUUGAUGACAUGGAGAAAAAUUCAACUGACUGGAAAGCUUGGUAUGACCUAGAUAAUCCAGAACAGGCGCCAGUCCCUAUGAAAUAUGAGGAGAACUUGUCCACUUUUCAGAAGCUUCUGUUGCUGCGCUGCUUUCGUGUUGAUAGAGUCUAUCGAGCUGUGACUGAUUAUGUCACUGUCACUAUGGGAGAGAAAUAUGUUCAGCCCCCUGUGAUCAGCUUUGAUACAAUUUAUGAACAGAGCACACCUUCCUCCCCCAUCAUCUUCAUCCUAAGCCCUGGCUCUGACCCAGCCAGUGACCUCAUGAAACUGGCUGAGAGGUCAGGCUUUGGGGGCAGCAAGUUCAAGUUCUUGGCUAUGGGUCAAGGCCAAGAGAAGGUGGCGCUGCAGCUGCUGGAAAGUGCAGUUGCUCGUGGACAAUGGCUAAUGCUACAGAACUGCCACUUGCUAGUUAAAUGGCUGAAGGACCUGGAGAAAUCGCUAGAGAGAAUCACCAAGCCCAAUCCCAACUUCCGCUUGUGGAUCACCACCAAUCCAAUCAAAGACUUCCCCAUUGGCAUCCUGCAAAAAUCACUUAAGGUGGUGACGGAGCCCCCCAAUGGACUUAAGCUGAACAUGCGGGCGACGUACUCCAAAAUCUCCCAAGAGACUUUGAGCAAAUGUCCUCACCCUGCCUUCUGUAGUGUGGUGUAUGUGCUGGCCUUCUUCCACGCUGUGGUGCAAGAGAGACGAAAGUACGGCAAGAUUGGCUGGAAUGUUCCGUAUGACUUCAAUGAGUCGGAUUUCUUUGUUUGUCUUGAGAUCCUCAACACUUACCUGACCAAAUCUCACACACAGGGAGACAGUGAUAUUCCCUGGGGGAGUCUGAAAUAUCUUAUUGGGGAGGUGAUAUACGGAGGACGAGUGAUCGACAGCUUUGACCGCAGGGUCCUGGGCGUCUACAUGGACGAGUACUUUGGAGAUUUUCUUUUUUACAAUUUCAGACAGUUUCACUUCUUCAACAACAAAGAUGUCAACUACAGUAUUCCUCCAAAUGGGCCCAAGGAAGUUUAUGUUGAUGAGAUUGACAACCUGCCCCUGGCAAAUACACCUGAGGUGUAUGGUCUUCAUUCUAAUGCAGAAAUAGGUUACUACACACAGGCAGCUAAAGACAUGUGGAGUCACCUGAUAGAGCUGCAGCCUCAGACAGGUGAAUCUGGUGGAAGCAUCAGCAGGGAUCACUACAUCAGCCAGGUGGCUCAGGACAUUCAGAACAAGCUGCCAAAGUUAUUUGACAUGGAUGUGAUCCGUAAAAGGUUUGGCUCAGACAUUUCCCCCACAUCAGUGGUGCUGCUUCAGGAACUGGAACGCUUCAACAAGCUGGUGGUCAGAAUGCGGCACUCUCUGGCUGAGCUGCAGAGGGCUCUGGCUGGAGAUGUGGGCAUGAGCAGUGAGUUGGAUGAGGUUUCCCGUGCCCUCUAUAACGGUCACAUACCUGCCAUCUGGAAGAAGUUGGCACCUGAUACCCUCAAGUCACUGGGCAACUGGAUGAGUCAUUUCAAGAGACGAUAUGAACAGUAUAGCUUCUGGGUGGAUGAAGGAGAGCCAAAGGUAAUGUGGCUUUCAGGACUUCAUAUCCCAGAAUCAUAUCUGACUGCCCUGGUCCAAGCUGCAUGCAGGAAAAAUGGCUGGCCUCUGGAUCUUUCCACACUGUACACACAGGUGACCCAGUACCAGAGUGAGGAGGAAGUUACUGACAGACCUGGACUAGGCUGUAAUGUGUCCGGCCUGUACUUGGAGGGAGCAGACUGGGACAUGGAGAACAGCUGCUUGGUGAAGAGUAAACCAAAAAGUCUGGUCACUGAGAUGCCUGUUCUCAAAGUCAUACCCACCGAGGCACGUCACCUGACACUACAGAACACACUGCGUACACCAGUGUACACCACCUCUUUACGGAGAAAUGCCAUGGGUGUGGGGCUGGUGUUUGAGGCAGAUCUGUUCACCACUAUGCACAUCUCACACUGGGUUCUCCAGGGAGUCUGUUUACUGCUCAAUGCUGACUGA